AGUGACGCUGUUAGCUAGUGGCUACAGUAACCAUUGGGUCUUUAUGUUGCUCCAAUUUCUAGUUUAUAUUUACUUUAAUAAAGGUCGAGCGAAUAAAAACACGAGUUUUUCAAAUUGUGAGAUAUUUGUGUAAUUAAUCCUCAUUCAGACUGUUGAUCGGACCUUUUACCAGGCUGUGAGCAGCAAUGGACAGCGAGAUGUCUGAUAUGGAUCAGACUCCAACUGUGGAUAACUCCAUAGUGGAUGGAGAAAAUGCUCCUCUGUACUGCAUUUGUCGGAAGUCAGACAUAAACUGCUUCAUGAUUGGUUGUGACAAGUGCAAUGAGUGGUUCCAUGGUCACUGCAUAAAUGUGACCGAGAAGAUGGCCAAAGCUAUCAGGGAGUGGUACUGCCAACAAUGUCAGAAUAUGGAUCCAUCACUUGAAAUAAGGUAUCGAAAAAAGAACCGUGACAAAGAGGUUGAGUCAGAGAGAGCUGAAAAGCGAUCCAGCACUCCAGAGUAUAAGAUCGAUAAGCGCCGUGGGUCCAAAGUCAGUGUUUCUUCAGUUAACGUGAAACGUUCAGCUCGUAUGUGCGGGGAAUGCGAACCAUGCACUAGGACAGAGGAUUGUGGCCAAUGCGACUUCUGUAAAGACAUGAAGAAAUUCGGUGGCCCAAACAGGAUCCGUCAGAAAUGUCGUCUUAGGCAGUGUGUUGUCCGUGCUCGAAAAAUGCUGCGUAUUCGGGAUGAGGAGUUUUCUCUGCGUGAGAGGAAGGACAAUAUUACGCGCAGACGAUACUCCGAUGAUUAUGAUGAGAUGGAGCAUUAUGAGCGCUACAAGGACAGAAAUGCGUCGUGGGGCAGUGAAGAUGAGGAUGGACCACUUUACAGUCGUGUCCCACGGAAGAAAGCUAUAAAAGUCAAGCAUGUCAAGAGGAGAGACAAGAAAUUUGACAAAAAGAAAGAGUCUCGUCGCCACAAGCAGAAACAGAAGCACAGAGAUCGUUCCAGACACAGCGAGAGAGGAGACGGCAGAGAUGGAGGAGCCCAUCGUCAGUGCCUGGGGCCAAACUGCAUUGAGGCAGCACGUCCAAGCUCAAAAUACUGCUCUGAGGACUGUGGCAUGAAGCUGGCUACCAACCGUAUCUAUGAGAUCCUCCCCCAGCGUAUCCAGCAGUGGCAGCAGAGCCCCUGUAUUGCAGAAGAACAGGGCAAAAAACAGCUGGAGCGCAUCCGCAGGGAGCAGCAGGCCGCACGUAUGCGCCUAGCCGAGAUGGAGCGACGUUUCCACGAAUUAGAGGGCAUCAUUGCCAAGGCCAAGCAACAGGUGGUCCUACAGGAUGAGGAUGUGAAUGAAACAGACAGCGAGGACACAGACCUUCAGAUCUUCUGUGUGUCCUGCAGUCACCCCAUCAACCCCAAGGUGGCACUGAGGCAUAUGGAGAGAUGUUAUGCCAAGUACGAAAGCCAGACCUCUUUUGGUUCCAUUUUCCCAACAAGAAUAGAAGGGGCAACAAGACUCUUUUGUGAUGUAUACAACCCCCAGAGCAAAACGUACUGCAAAAGACUUCAGGUCUUGUGCCCAGAGCAUUCCAGAGACCCUAAGGUCCUAGCAGAUGAGGUGUGUGGAUGUCCACUAGUGCGUGAUGUGUUUGAGCCGACAGGAGAGUACUGCAGGGUCUCCAAACGCAAAUGUAACAAGCAUUACUGCUGGGAGAAGCUCAGACGAGCAGAGGUGGACCUGGAGCGGGUCCGAGUGUGGUACAAGCUGGACGAGUUGUUUGAACAAGAGCGCAAUGUGAGAACAGCGAUGACCAACAGAGCAGGACUGCUGGCUCUUAUGCUCCAUCAGACUAUCCAGCACGACGCACUGACCACUGACCUCCGCAGCGAUAAAGACAGAUGAAGAGUCAAAGCUCACCGGAAAAACAUUUUGUUUAUAUUUGUAGAAUUUUCAUAAUGUAUAUUUGUCACUAUUUGGAUAGUCAUUCAUAUUAAAAUGUUCUUCAUGUCUCCUUCAAUCUGCACUGAUUAUAUGUGUCCAAGCAGUUAUUGAAUUGUAAUAUAUUAGGGUUUUCUAUUUUGUGUAUACACAUAGUUAUGCUCGUUUCAAGUGACCCUGGACAGCAUUGGUACAUUAUGCAUUUAUCCAUUCGGUUUUGCAGUCCAAAUCCUUUUACAUUUUAGCUCUUCCAUUGAGAUCUCUUGAUUUUCUUAAUCUUUUGGAUGACUGAUUGGACUUUUUCUAAAACAACAAAAAACAUGGCUGAAAAUGUACCAUAGCUAGUAACUUUAGUCUUAGCCAAAAUUCCAUUUACUCGUUAUUCUUUCUAUGGGAAACCGAAUUAGUCUUUCUAAAACCAAAUUACAAAUUUGAGCUUUUAAUUCGCUCAGUGCAGGCAAUGGCGCCAGCAGAGACUAUUUAGCCCGAGAUGGACCACUUGUAUUAAAAUUAAUGGGAGAAAUUAGAACACCCAAUAUGGUGGAUGUAGAAAAGGAAGUCCCACCUUACAUGUAAAAGAGCCAAUCAUGUUUUAGAUGCAGCCUGACAAAUGUUUUUUAGCCUGAUAUGAGCUAAAGAAGCACACUUUAUGAUAUUGUCAGAUUUUACUGCUGAUUUGAAAUAUGUUAUUUGAUUGCCAUCUUGGAUGUCUGUCUUUACUCGGCUGUACUUUGACUCCAUUUGUAUCCAUAGCAAAGUCUCUUUCAAGGCAUGUAAUUCAACUCUGAAUCUUUGGAACGCCCCCUGGCAGCGAGUGUUCACAUGAGGCACUGGAAUGAUGCAAUCAAGACGGUGUACCUCAUCCUUAAACAGUACUGGGUAGAAACGGAUUACAUAUAAUCAUAUUACAAAAAUCUAGUACUUGUAAUUGGAAUCAAUUACAUUUGAAAAUACUGGUAAUCGGACUACAGUUACUUUUUAUAGAUUACAUGAUUACAUAUUGACAAGGCAAUGGCAGUAAAUUGUUA